AUGAACCAGUCGCCACUUGGCAAACUGCCCGCUGAGUUGUGCAAUUUGAUCUGGGAGCUCGUUCCACACGUGCCCGAGGGCAUUCACUUAUACGUCGCGGGUGGCGUACCCGAAGGAUACACUGUGGGCUUUACUAUCACGCAUACCUGUCGACGAGCCAAACAGGAGACUGCCGAUAUGUUCUUCGCGCUCAAUCAUUUCACCAUCAUGACCGACUACGCUCACGCGUUUGAGAUCGACGGCAGGACUAGGAUCCCGCAAGUGAAAGAGAAAGCAGUGGCUGAUGCCGUCGCGGAGAUGCUCAAGGACAUUGAUCACGAUCGGGUGAAUUUCAUGCAGGGCUUACUCUUCAACUUGGAAGGCAGCAAAAACGUAUUCACUAGAGAAGAGUUCUCGAGAUUCUGGGAGUACGCCAACGAUCGUUACUGGGGCAUGUUUCGAGAUCGUAGGCCUAUCGUACCUCGUCAAGACUUUCGAGUCCAUAUGCGUCUCCAGACUUACCGCCCAGCGCACCUAGAUAUUCCCGCAACAGCCGGCACCAUGCAAUAUUCAGUGCCAUGGUACGAGAAAGCCACGUUGAGGCUCAACCACUGCAUAGUGCCGGUUUGGAACAUACUCUCCUACGAUCAAGUGCACUGCACGGUGCUCAUGGAGACGUGGUGGUCGUGUCAGGAUCGUUUCUACGAAGAUGCUUGA